AUGUCGUCUAAGAUCAGAAUCCUACUUCCUGUGAAAAGGGUGAUUGAUGCUGCACUCAAACCCAGAAUCAAUAAGGCACAAACAGGAGUCGAGUCUGCUGGAGUUAAGUUCAGUAUCAAUCCUUUUGACGAUAUCGCCGUUGAGGAAGCCAUAAAGAUUAGAAACGCCCACAAGGACAGAGUUGAAUCCAUCCAUGCUGUCUCCAUUGGUCCAAAUAAAGCACAAGAUAUCUUAAGAAUUGCUCUAGCGAAAGGGGCCGAUACGUCGACAUUAGUGGACGUGAAAGACCAAGACGUCGAACCGCUUCAGGUUUCCAAGAUCCUCAAAAAGCUGCAAGAAAAGCACAACUCGAACCUUAUCAUUCUUGGUAAACAAGCCAUCGACGACGAUUCCAACCAAACAGGGCAAAUGCUUGCCGGCCUUUUGAACUGGCCUCAAGCGACCAAUGCAUCCAAGGUUAAAAUUAACGCAGACAACACCGUGGAAGUUGAGAGAGAAAUUGAUGGAGGUGUGGAAGUCGUGAAGGCUUCCUUGCCAAUAAUUAUCACUACAGAUCUGAGACUUAAUGAGCCAAAAUUUGUUACCCUUCCAAAGAUGAUGAAGGCCAAGAAGAAACCACUGGAGAUUUUGAAGGUUGAUGAGUUAGGCAUCACUCUUGAGAAUAGGUUGGAGACGAUCAAGCUUGAAGACCCUCCAGUGAGACAAGGUGGUGCUAAAGUUGGCUCUGUUGACGAAUUGAUUUCCAAGUUAAAGGAGCUGAAGGCUAUUUGA